UUUUCCGGCACGUGCUCUAAAUUUGGACUUUUAAUACCACAUUGAAGAGACACAUGCAUAUAUUCUUACCUAUGCAGUGAAUCAUUACAAUGGCCAGAAAUUUAAUCAAAAAAUGCACACAACAACUUGCAUUAUUGAAGCUACAAGAAGCGAGAAAUUUAUUUUGAAGAUUCAUUAAAUAUAAAUUAAUUCUAAAUAAUAAAUUGAACAAUUUUAACCUGAAUUAUUUUUGGUUGUUUUUUGCUUUUCACUAUAGCAUUAUCGAUAGCAUUACAGAAUUAUUAUCGAGCUAUUGUAGCGAGUAAGUUUGUAGAAUAUGGGGAAAACGUCGUUUGUUUUCCCUGACAAACCGGACCCCCCGAUGGUCGGCAAAGUGACCCACAAGAGCAUUGAGUUGUUCUGGAAUCAUGUGCAGAAGCAGUACUACGGGGGUGAGAAGGGAGACUUCAGACCCCGCUUCUGCAUCCAGGAAGAGGACCAGAUCAAAGGGUUUGGCUCUGUCUACACUGGCUAUGGAACUAGUUUCGUAUUUGAUGGACUCGAUGCCAGAACCAAAUACAGAUACAGAAUACAAGUCAUCUACGGGAACAACGAUCAAACAUCGCCCUGGAGUCGCAUAGUUGCAGUUAGUACCACUGAUCUCCCCCUCAACACAGACCACUUGCAUCGGGCCAUAGUGCGGGGGGACAUACACGCCGUGAAAAAGGCGCUCGGAGACCAAGUCUGCCACGUGGACGCACCAAACAAAGAAGGCUACACUGCUUUGAUGGUUGCGACUAUGAGUGGCAUGCUUCAAAUUACACAGCUCAUAUUGGACAAAAAAGCAGAUGUCAACAUCCAAUCAAAAUCAGGCAAAGAUGCACUGAUGUUGGGUUGUUUUGAAGGUUACAUGAACAUAUGCAAGGCUUUGAGGAAGUACGGGGCUAAACUGGACCAGAGAGACAAAGGUGGAAACACUGCCCUUCAUCUGGCAACGGAUGGGGGGAACUUGGACAUUAUCAGAUGGCUAGUAGCAGAAGGCGCUGACGUGGACGCACGCGACACGGUGUCCGGGUGGACUCCCCUGUUGAGAUGCACAGCCAUGUCGAGUAAUGUGCUUGCCGGGCAGUGUCUCAUACAACUGGGGGCGGAUGUGAAUGCCACUGACAAGGAGGGAAAGACUGCUCUCAUGCUGGCUGCCAUCAAGACCAACUCCCACUUCGGAAAGAUACUCCUAGACGCAGGAGCUGAUUUUUCGGUCAAAAGUGCUUUCGGCAAAACGGCUGCGGAUAUGAGUGAAGCAACAGACAACAAACAGAUUGCGAAGAUGAUUGGGGAACUGAAACGCAUUCUUCACGAGGAACAACUGCAGAAGAUGACUCAAGAUGGCGAUGGGGACACUUUAGAAAUAGAAGUACCGCAAAACUGAAACUUGAAAACGCCACGUCAGCUGUGAAAUAUUUUUAUCGAAAAUUAAUUGACUAAAAAGACAAACUGAAGGAAAAACAAAGAUGACUUUGAAAACAUUGUCUGCAAAAGUAUGUCACAGAAAGCACAACGAUAAAUAUUUCACCAACAUUUGUGUCUGUUUUUUUUUCCACAAUCGAAUUUGGUUGACUUGGUUUGCACCACGACGGCAAACAGCAUUCUUUAGUUUUCUUUCUUCUUAACUCAAUUUGAUAAAUUGAAAAAUAUUGAAUAAAAAUUUGUAGAUGAAAAAUUAAACAAUUUUGUAUCUGUCUUGCUUAGGUUGAAUUCAAUUUUCUCUGUA